AAGACUGUGAAAAAGGCCUAGGUCGGCAUUCGUUAAAAGGGACAUCCAACGUUUGAUCAGAGAGUAUGAAGAACGUGAGCCAGAAAAUGCUACCUGUCCACAGGCACCACCACAUAUUGAAGAAGAUGAGCUAAGCUCAAGUAUGGCGGUAACUGUUGUCUCAGAGGAGCCUAAAACUAAGUCUGUAGCUUCAUAGAAGAGUUUAAGUCGGCCAUCACAAAGAUCCCACUACACACAAACAAGAUCUAAAGGAAAGGAUAAAGGAUGUCAAGCAUUAGGACCAAAAACCCGAGAAAUUGGCAUCAUGUGUGAUAUAAUUCCUAGCCCGCAAAGACAGCAUGUCACCACUGUACCCCUUCCUGAUCCAAGUCCAGUUAUCAGCGAUCCAGGAUCUUUUAUAUCCGAGAACCCUGGAAGUGACUUUGAUUACCAAGUUGAGAGUGAAAUGUCCAGUGACAGUGAAGGAGAGGAUGACAGGUUUAAAGAAGAAACUGGUGGCGCUUUCAAAAGAGAGGGACUGUGCUGAAUUGCAUGGAUGGAUUAAGAGCAUCCUCAACCACCUCUACUGGGUUGCAUCAUCAACACCAGAUAGCAAUAGGGAUAUGAUGCUGCAGAAAUGGGCUAGCGUAGGAAACCACAUCCAGAAUGUUCACCAUGGUCACGGAUCACUCUUCCCAGCAUGUUCCCAUCUACCUCUGGACCCCUCUCGCAGAAACAAGAAAUGGCUGAAACCAGCAACAAAGGUUAACGAAAAGCUGGGAUUGAUCCUGUCCUCCACAUACUUAAAGAGAGACAUCCCAAUGCUCUCGAGCGGUCAGCAGACCUCGCAUCUUGAGGCCUAUCACUCUGUGAUCAAUCAUUUUGCACCAAAAAUGAUUGGCUUCUCUUACCAUGGAAUGCAGAGUCGAUUGUUGCUGGCUGCACUGCACUUCAAUGAGAAUGUGUCCAGAGAACAGGCUUCUCUUCCAAAUGGUGAAAAGAGAUUCAGAAUAACAUUCCCCAAACAGAAGAACGGUGAUUACACAGUUCGACAAGUGAGAACAGAGUGCACCUUCAAUUAUGUGGAAGAUUUGAUGAAGGCAACCAAGCAAAGGGUGAAACUUUUACAGAUUCCAAACUGCGAGGUUGUUGGAGAAUCGCCACCACCACUCUGUAUGAACUUUGUUCACCCAGAGAAGUCUGAAGCUGUUUCUGGACUGAUGUCUAGGUUUAGGCACUAGCCUACAGUUGAG